GCAGAUGGCAGAAAGCCUGAUGCCAGAGGUCCCAGUGCAGACCCGAGACUUCGGGCUAGUGCACCGCAAGAAGAGGCCGGCCAUAGAAGACUUGCGCGAGAGCCCGGACGAUAAUGAGGAGGCACUUUUGUACUGUGACCUCGUUGAGGGCGAACUCAAGCUGAAACCCAGCUUGCUGGGUCUGGACUGCCUGGCCGUGGCUUUCACGGGACCGACUGGG